UCCUGGUCUGUCUGUCUGUGUAACAAAAAUUUCCUUGAACUAGUUUUAGAUAUUUUAUGUGAAGGUAAUUCUAAGUAGCAACACUGAUUAUAAUCCUCCUAAUAACUCUUACUUGGUGCCAACUUCUACAUGUUCCAAGCCAGCUUAUAUAAGUCUCCCUGUCUGUCGAGCAACAGACAGCCCCAUCGCGGUUCCAUUAAGAGCAGGGGACGAAGCGAAUGAUACUAGCGCUAUGAGACACAUUCACAAAGAACAUGCAAUAUAUCAAUAUAUGUGAAGGGGCGAAAACAGGAUGAGGUAGAAGACUGAAAGCAAAUGACCGAGGCUUGUAUGGAUAGUAACGUCAUUGUUUUCAACCGGUUAAAACACAUGUAGUGAAAUAGAUAUACGAUGUCACACAAACGUACAGCUGUGUCUGCGCAUGCGCGUACAUGUUUUGAUAGAUAGAUAGAUAAAAUGUGUGUAUAUAUAGACAUACAGACGCAUAUAUAUAUAUAUAUAUACACCGCACAACGCUUUGUUGACAAUCCAUAGCAGUAAUUAUUUUCCCUCAAUAGACGUCAGUGAUUGGUUGAAAUUACCGAAACACGACAAUUUUUUUUACAUAAAAUAACUUCGAAUACAAAAAUUUUCUAUCAGUUCUAUAAGACAAAAUAUACAAGUAUACGAAGUUUGAAAGUGUUUCGGUAGGAAACACACUAAAUAAAACAUAAAUAAAAAGUGGCGUCUGCCAAAUCAGAAAGAUCCGCCAAUUGCAUACGUAUAUAUAUGCGCUUGUGCCUAUGUCCACUAAUUCAUCCUGUUUUCGAUCCUUACAUAUAUUGAUAUAUUGCAUGAUCUUUGUGAAUGACAGCCUCAUUGAGCCAGUAUCGAUCGCUUCGCUACCAGUUCUUCGUGUAACCACGUUGGGGCUAUUUGUUGUUCGACAGACAGGGAGACUUAUAAGCUAGCUUGGAACAUGUAGAAGUUGGCACCAGGAAUGUUACGAGGAUUAUAAUCAGUGUUUCUACUUAGAAUUACAUUCACAUAAAAUAUCUAAAACUAUUUGAAGAAAAAUUUUGUUACAUAGACCAGGCAUGGUAUUAACCUGAAAAGUACGGACAAGAGUUGGCUCCCAUGUGUUUCAUAUAAAAUAUACGCAUGCGCCAUAAUUGUAGUUCCGUUUUGGUUUUUAAAAGAAGUUUCUCUCGUGCGUGUAUUUCUUUUAAUUAACUUCUACAAACACUUUUCAUACGUUUUUCAACUUCACACACACUCAAUUAAAGUACGUUUAAUACAUAUUAUACACACACUUUUGACAACUCUUUCCUUUAUGAAAUAUUUCCAACAUCAUAUGACAUUGGGAUAACUGAAGAUACAUCCUCAAUAUUUAUCAUAUUUUAAGACUGAAAGCAAUUGAUGUACUAAGCAAAUUCUUUGUAAAGAGUGAACUAUAAGAAGGAAAGCAAGAACAAUAUAUAUACAUUGUGAUUUGAGGAGAAAAAUAAUGGAAAAGAGUGAGAAGAUUGAAGAAUUGAUGCCCUGUGAAGAUAUGAUUAAAGAGAUAAGAAAGUUGUCAAAUGAGUGUGAUGUCUGUAAAAGGUCCUUCUCUCAAGAAAGUGACCUAAUUGAACACAAACAUAUUCAUAGAAAAGAAAAGCUAUAUCAUUGUGACAUCUGUGGUAAAUCAUUCUCUCACAGUAGUAACCUUUCUAAACACAAGCGGGUUCACAGAAGAGAGAAGUCCUAUCAUUGUGAUAUCUGUGGUAAAUCGUUCUCUCAAAGUAGUAAUCUUUCUACACACAUACGUAUUCAUACAGGAGAGAAGCCAUAUCAUUGUGAUAUCUGUGGUAAAUCAUUCUCUCAUAAUCGUAACUUAACUGUACACAGACAUAGUCAUACUGGACAGGAGCCAUAUCACUGUGAUAUCUGUGGUAAAUCAUUCUCUCAAAAUAGUCAGUUAACUAAACAUAAACGUAUUCAUUCAGGAGAGAAACCAUUUCAUUGUGAUAUCUGUGGUAAAUCAUUCACUGACUGUAGUAAUUUAAAUUCACACAAACGUAUUCAUACAGGAGAGAAGCCAUAUAAUUGUGAUAUCUGCAGUAAAUCAUUCUCCAGUAAUAGUCACUUAACUGCACACAUACGUUUUCAUACACAGGAGAAGCCAUAUCAUUGUGAUACAUGUGGUAAAUCAUUCUCUCAAAAUAGUCACUUAACUGUACACGUACGUAUUCAUACAGGAGAGAAACCAUAUCAGUGUGAUAUCUGUGGUAAAUCAUUCUCUGAUAGUAGUGUUUUACCAAGACACAAAUGUAUUCAUGCGGGAGAGAAACCAUAUCACUGUGAUAUCUGUGGUAAAUCAUUCUUUGAUAGUAGUAAUUUAACUAGACACAAACUUACUCAUACAGGAGAGAAGCCUUAUCAAUGUGAUAUCUGUGGUAAAUCAUUUUCUCAAAAUGGUGAUUUAACUAAACAUAAACGUAUUCAUACAGGAGAGAAGCCAUAUCAUUGUGAUAUCUGUGGUAAAUCAUUCUCUAAUAGUAGUGUCUUAACUAAACAUAAACGUAGUCACACAGGAGAGAACACAUAUCAUUGUGAUUUUUGUGGUAAAUCAUUCUCUCGAAAUAGUCAUUUAACUGAACACAAACUUAUUCAUACAGGAGAGAAAAGAAAAGGGUAGUUUGUAUGGGUUCUUUUGUAAACUACUUUAAUAUUCCUGUGAUUUAUGUAAAAUUUCUUUGUUUCCAAAUUUUAUCCCUAUCUCCCCUACUUCCUUGCCCUUUUCGUAAUGUAGAGUCCUCCGUUCCAGAAUACCUCCUCCUGCCAACUCUAUACAUGGUUCUUUAUUGAAUAUCACUUCCACAAUUUACUGUAUAUUUAUUAAUUUUUCUAUACAAAACAAAAGAGACUGCAAAGGGAAAGCAUAGGGCAUAACUACACUUUAGUGCUCCACUACAGACUAUUUUCUCAUAAAUUUCAAGAGUCAUGUUUUAUAUCAAACUCAGUAAAGGUCUGGAUUACAAUUAUCUUACUAAAAUUUGAAGAAAAAAUUUCUCAAGGAGAGUGUCAUCCUUUUCGACUCCACCUUGGUUUUAUCAGGGAUCAUAGCUAUCAUAGCCCAAUUGAUUAGGAAAAGGGAUAGCCUAGGCGAGUGCCAGUAAGGCGAAGUUGGAAACGAUUGCGCUUAUUACAUGUCACCGUCAUGGAAGCAAGGCCGCUGCUCUGGCAGUGAUCUUGCUCGGAUGGUGCUGUUAGCACUCCACUGGCACGGGUGCCAGUCAUCGAAUUUGGUUCUGUUUCGAUCUCACUUGCCCCAACAGGUCUUCGCACGCUGAGUUUAGUGUCCAAUUAAGGAAGGUUGGCAUGUGUGCCAGUCAACAAAUUUGGUUCAAUUUUCGAUUUCAUUUUUCUUUCUGUCAGCAAGAUUUGGUUGCUGUUUCUAGUAACUCGAGCGACCAGGUAAAGGCUCUCUCAUUGCCUCGUCUUGUUCCCUUCGUCACUUGUUGUUUAGUCCUCAGUCGGAUCUGAUUGAACAGAUAUGAUGUCCCAACUGUGACCAUUCCAUCUUUCUUCCCAGACAUAAUGGACUCUACGUGUUUAUCACAGGAUAGAGGUUUUUCUAUUCUGUAUAUAAGAAAAAGUUUGGCUAUGUUUUCUAGCAGGUCAUGCAACCACAUACAGGCUCCGUCGUUGGUCUGUCUCAGUAAUAAUUUUGUUGUAAUUUUAGCCUCAGAUCAACCCUAAUGCAGCAAAUCUAUGUUGCCAUAAAAACAUCUCUGGUUAUUAAAGAAGGGCUUUGUUAGGUGAGUGGGUGGACCCGAAAGUUGUUGUUCGCAAACAGCAGCAGUAGUUUUUUUCAGCUGACUACACAUCAUUAAUUGGUUAAAAUUACCCAAAUACGACAACUUUAACACAAAAUGACUUCUAAAAUACAAAAUUUUGUCAAGAACGUUAAGAGUAAACCCUGUUCUAAGUGACACAUUCUACCAGUAUCCGAAGUUUCAAAGUGUUUAGUUAAAAAAAAAAUUAAUUAAAAAAUCUGUUGGUCAGAUUGAAAAGAUUCCAUUUUAGACGGUUUCUAAAGUGGAGUGUUUUUGGACCUUGGCUACAGCAAUAACUAGUCCACUCAUUGUGGAUCCUUUCUUUAGGCUUUAUUUUUCAGCAGUUUGACAUACUUAAUAAAAGCAAUUUGUUUCAGAUUUUGUAUUUCUUGUGCUGCAAAUUUGAUAUGAAACUGUUCUUUUACAUCUGGGAGGAGUCAUAUUUAAAUAAAGCCUAAAAACACACACA